AUGAACGACGCGCCGGGAUCCCUCACAACUCCCCAAACCACGCAUUCAGCGCUUUACGACGCGAUCGCAGGCUACGGCACCUAUCCCCCAUUACCCCCAGCACCCACGAUGGGUCCAGACACGUCCCCAAUACAUACCCGCGAUACUGGGAAAGACUCGCGCCGCAGUAUUUCUCCACUCACUGGUCUCGGUGCGUACCUCCAAAUCGCCGAAUACCCGCGUGCCGCCUUUACCGUCCCCUACGAGCCUUUACGCCGCACUAAUUUUCGAAAUUUGAUGCGCGCCGGCGGCGGCCUCGGCGCGUUCGCGCUAACCCCGCUGUCCUCCCCUUGGCGAGAACAAUGGAGCAACCCCAUUUUCGCCUCGCCGACGACCGCGCAACAUGUCAACACGACGGCAUACACGUGUCGCGUCAUCGCCGGAGCUUUGGGGCGUGAUGGCAACGACGCGGACAAAAAGACGAUAUACAUCGUCCUACGCCUUGUGCGCCACCGAGCGGAGAGGUCGCAUAAACCCUCCGCCCUCCCCCGCCGGACGCCACGUGCACGGCAUCCCCUGCCCGGGGAUGAGGCGGAAGAUAGAAUGUGCGCUCCCCGCGCUCCUCCCCCCAAUCUUCCGACUUUCCGCUGGGCGGGUCUCGGUCGCGGACCGCCGAGGUCUGAUCCGGAAAUAUACGACGCCGGUCUGGAAGUUUGGGCGGCACUGGACGCGGCGUUGGGCCGCUCGCGAAGUAUAAAGGGUAGGAUAGUUGAUCGCCUCACUCAGCAUUCCAAUCCCUUCCUCCUCUUCUCUUACCCUCCCUUACCUCAUCUACCAUCUCAGUCAGAUAUUGUAACGUCUCGUGCUGUGUCUUACUCUCUACUCGUUUUACUCGAGUACAUCCCUUCCUAUAGGACUACAUGCCGCCGUCUCGCCCGUGCCUAUCGGGCCAUCACGCCGGCCCCCACUAUCCGCGACGGUCACCUUUCUCUCGCCGCCAUGGACGCCGACGUCGUCGUCAGCAUCCUGCUCGCCUCAACGCGGAUGCAGAAGGCUCACCGUUGGAAGUCGGUCUACUCUGCGACCAGGAACUCCCGCCCCCUUCACUGCGCCUCCGGUACUCGCAUCGCGGAGGAGACCCUUCGACGCCGUUCGGGCAGGAGCGGGUCACUGCACGACCUUCGACGACAUCGAGGCACCCACAUAUUGACCCUCCACGCGCUGCUCAAGACGACGAGGAGGACGCUCGGAAGACAUCCGAGCGCUCUCGGUAUCGACGGCGAGCGCACCACUCGCGUCACCACCUCCCGUCCUUCCCCCACUGCCACGUCGACGCGACGGCCGGGCUCGACCCUCGCCGUCACCGACCCCAGCGAUUCAGGCCAUCUCCACCCCCCACCUUCCGUCUAGGCCCGUCUUUUGGGUCAUUUUGAC